GAGGGAUUUGACGUUUUAUUCAUACCCCUGCAAUAUGAGGGAUUUGACGUUUUAUUCAUACCCCUGAAAUCAAGUGUACCUGAAAAAAUUAUAUUCCUACGUAAACAAGCGACGAAAAUGUGGACACUUUUUAGUCAGUUUAUUGUAUGGAGUUUCACUGCUGUGGUUGUAUUUUUAUGAAACAUUCAUAUUUUUGAAAGUGUAUAAACUCAAAUAUUAACUAUGAGUGGCAGUGAUCAAAGCGAGGAUGGGCAGGUUUUGAGUUCAGGUGAUUUUAGUGCUGGCGAGGAAGAAACUACCGAUUCUCUGGACAUCAAACCACCACCGCCCACAUCCGGAGGAUACUAUGCCAAGCGGAAGGAGAAAAAAUCCAAACAUUCCAGGGAGCACCACCGGCACUCCGGUUCCGGAAGCAGAGAACCCUAUGCUGAGUCUAGGCGUGAUUUUCGUGCCCAUCGGGACAGGGAACGAGAUCGGUACCAGAAGGGCAUGAGACCGGAAAAAUCGAGAGAACGUGGCCACGAACGAGAUCGAUACCACGGAUCCUCCGGGCAUCAUUCGAGGGAAGUUCGCUAUGAGAUGAACCCAUUCUAUGGUGAAAUGCGGGAGACCUAUGUCAGCAAGAAGGAACGAGAACGGGAAUACUAUGAGAAAGAGCGCGAGAGGAGGAAAGAUGGCAAUGAGAAGCAAGAUGCGGACAAGUUGCUGGAAGAUUUGAGAACGAGACUUCUGCACAAGAAGAGUAAACAUGAUUCGGACAAAAAACAACAGCAGGAUCAGCCGAUGUAUGACGAAGAGGGUUGGAAGGAAAAAAGGCACCAUCGCCAUCGGCGCCAUGAACACAGAGAACAAAGCGAAGCGGAAUACGUAGAGAUAAUGGAGAGCCCAGAAUACGAGGCCGAGUUCUCGAAAAAGGUUACAACGGAGGUGAAGGACAAAGGUCACGACGAGAGAAGAGCCAAGCUGCUGGAAGCUGAACGUCAAAUGGCUCGCAGGAAGGAAGCGGCACGAGAUGAAUUGGAAGUGCGGCGAUUGAUGCGGAGAGAGCGUAAAAAUACUACUGCCCCAUCCACAUCGCCGGAUGAAAAGAAAAGCAAGAAGCUUCUGGAUCACGAUGUUGAGAUGGAAAGUGGAGACGAAGGUAAAAAGAAAAGAAAAAAGUCAAAGGUGGCACGAAGGGCUGGAUCGGAACAAUCUGACAAGGAAGGAAUUGCUGAUGAGGAAGAGGAUGACACGAACACUGACAGUUCCUCGUCCAGCAGUGAAUCGGAAGAUUCUCGUGACGCUUCUGAGGAAGAUGAGAAACCACCCGGAAGUCCUCUUUCGGUGGGCGAUUUAGCAAAAUCUGACCGAGCAGAUCGGAGUAAUUCCAGAUCGAGAUCUGGUUCGAGAUACCGGUCACGAUCUCGAUCAACUCGUUCGAGGUCCGGUUCAGAAUCGAGCAGAAGUCGAUCGAGAAGUCCCCGUCGUCGCCACGAAAGCAGCCGUAGUGUGUCUCCAAGAUCUGACACCGAAACGGAAGCCAAACAAAAGUUGAAGGAAAAUGACGAACCGAAAUCACCAAUCGAGAUAGCGGAAGAAGAGCAGCUUCCGCCAUAUUUGCCUGGUAUUCAGGGAUGUCGAUCUGUUGAGGAGUUUCAAUGUUUGAAUCGAAUUGAGGAAGGAACAUAUGGAGUAGUUUACCGGGCUAAGGAUAAACGAACAGAGGAAAUCGUUGCGCUGAAGAGAUUGAAAAUGGAGAAAGAGAAAGAGGGCUUCCCCAUUACUUCCCUCAGGGAAAUCAAUACCCUGCUUAAAGGACAGCACCCGAAUAUAGUAACAGUUAGGGAAAUAGUUGUUGGAAGCAACAUGGACAAGAUAUUUAUCGUGAUGGAUUACGUUGAACAUGACCUUAAAUCUCUGAUGGAAACUAUGAAACACAAAAAGCAAGUAUUUCUUCCUGGUGAAGUUAAAUGUCUAACACAGCAGCUACUAAAAGCCGUGGCCCAUCUGCAUGACAACUGGAUUCUUCAUCGGGAUCUCAAAACAUCCAAUCUUCUGCUUUCUCACAAGGGAAUUCUCAAGGUAGGAGAUUUUGGUCUUGCGCGUGAGUAUGGCUCCCCGUUGAAAGCUUACACUUCGGUGGUGGUUACUCUUUGGUACCGCGCCCCGGAACUCUUGCUAUGCUGCAAAGAAUAUUCCACACCGAUCGACAUUUGGUCGGUUGGUUGCAUUUUCGCCGAAUUUCUCUCGAUGGCCGCCCUCUUUCCGGGCAAAACGGAACUCGAUCAGCUGAAUCGAAUCUUCAAGGAACUUGGAACACCGAACGAGAAAAUAUGGCCCGGAUAUAAUCAGCUUCCAGCCGUGCAGAAGAUGACCUUCACCGAGUAUCCGGUGUCUAAUUUGCGGAAACGAUUCGCCCACCAAACCAGUGAGCUUGGAAUUUCGCUGCUCCAAGGUUUGCUAACAUUCGAUCCCAAGCAGCGAUUGACAGCGGAAUCGGCGCUGAAGCAUAGCUACUUCAAGGAGUUGCCGCUUCCCAUCGAUCCCGCAAUGUUUCCAACCUGGCCGGCGAAGAGUGAGUUGGGUCUGAAGAAGGCGCUUGCGUCCAGCCCCAAGCCGCCGAGUGGAGGGGGAGAAUUUAAGAAAUUGGGUGAUGACGCCGUCGCCGACAAUCCAGGAUUUCAUCUCGGUGGUACCUAUGCGGAAUCCCGACAGAUGGCAAUGGGCCCCGGAUUCAGCUUGAAAUUUUGAUAGAGGGUCAAGUCUGGCUCCCAAAACUCGGUCAGUUGCAAUUAAUCUGGCAUCACUGAGAACUGAACCAAAAUUUAAUUGUUCCGUGGUUGAUAACGAACCGCGAUAAUUGGUGACAAAUUGAAAUUGGAGUGGGCUGCAGCGCGUGGUCACGUCGAUCGAAUGGCUGCAUUGAUAAUGGUCGUCUCGAAACCAGUAGUGAUAAGCAUUGUAUUAUCACCAGUUUGUGAAGAGAGUAGCGCUUGUAUUUUCUAUCAGUUACGUGUAUCGUACGAAGUCGCAUAUACUAGCACGACAUACCGUUAUCAAUUCAAACAGAUUGUUUCCUGAAAUCAGUAAUAUAUAUGUAGAGAUACGAUAGAACGGAUACGAUUAUUCUAAGUGGGAAUAAUUCGUUCUUGAGAACUAUCGAAUCUAAAUAAAAUAAUUUUAAACUCGUUCAAGCAAUUUAAAGCGUGUAAAAUUGAAAAUAAAUAAAUAUCUGUAAUUUCCUCCAAAUUUUCCAUCGUUCUCCAGAAGAAAAUUCGAAACAUCCGACGCAGGCAUAGCGAUCUGAUCUUCUGACCUACGAAAUUUCUUAAGGCGUCGUGCACAAAUUACGUAACGCUCAAAAUCUGGAUUUUGAACCCCCUCCUCUCCUACGUAAUGCAAUUUCCUAUCUCUAAUACGCAGUAACCGCAGUAGAACAUAUGCGAAUUAAAUUUUCCCAUUUUCCUUCAGAGUCUUCCGAAAAUUUUCAAUUGCCAUGCUUGGUUGAAAUAUGUGUAUUAUUUUUAUGGGACACCCUCUCCAUUUCAGCGGAGGAAGGGGUGAAGGGGAGAAAUAUUUCUAUCAACAUACCAACAUAGGAACAUCACCCUAUCAAGAACUUAUGAGGAGUUGUCGUACGAAUAAAGUGUGUGUCACAUCAAAUUGCAUCACGGAAAAAACGCUGUAGAAAUUCGCCCAGUAGACCGAUCCUUUUGA